CCUUUAAGUAAAGGGGCCGCGCAGUUGGAGCCGCAACCGUUUUCAGGCUCAACGUUCGCUCACCCAGGAACCAUUCAUAAAUAAGACAUCGUUUGGAAAGAAGCUUUUGUAGUCACAUCUGAUUUUUAUUUAUUUAUUUCCACUAAGCGGAUGCGAGAGGCGAGCUGGGGUCAGAUAUGUUCGCCUCGGCCGGGGACUGUGAAUCGGGGGCACGGUUCAGAGAGCAGAAGUGACUUCCCAUGGCUGAGCCCCCUGCUGAUGGUUUUGACUUCAUGUGCGAGCCGUCAGGAGGCAGCUUGAUCCAGCUCACAACAUUCAGACAAACCAAAAACAUGCCCGUUUCCUCGCUGCGUUUCGUGAUUCCUACGCGCUUCCGCUUAACUAGAGCCACCCCGGUUUAAACAGCCCGUCGCUUUCAUCCUUCUGCUUUUCUUUUAAUCUUAAACAAAUGAAAACACAGCAGAGGAGCUGUGGACCUGAUAUGCCUAUGGAUCAUUGAGUUAUGGCAGCUAAAGAGGAACUUUAUGCCAAAGUGACCCCUCGGAGGCAGCGCCAGAGCCGGCCGAACACCGUCAAACAUGGGACCACUCUGGACGUGCUCCUGUCCAUGGGCUUCCCCAAGACCAGGGCCCUGAAAGCUCUGGUUUCGACAGGAGGCAAAAACGUCCAGGCAGCAUGUGACUGGCUCUUCUCCCAUGUGGAUGAUCCUUUCCUGGAUGACCCCCUGCCUAGAGAGUAUGUGUUAUAUCUGCGACCCAGUGGACCGCUGCUCCAGCAGCUCUCACAGUUUUGGAAGCAGUCCCGCCUCUCAUGUGGCAAGAAUAAGGCACACAACAUCUUCCCCCACAUCACCCUCUGCCAGUUCUUCAUGUGUGCCGAUGGGAAGGUGGAGGCUCUGUCGGACGCUCUCCAGACCACCGUGGCCAAGUGGAAGGGUCGCAUACCCAUGCCCCUCCCACUGGAGCUCUACAUCUCCUCCACCUUCAUAGGCCUUUUUGUGGAGGAGCAGAUGGCGGAGGUUCUGAAGAGUUUCGCUGCUGAUUUUGCCACUGAAGCAACAUCUAAAGCAGAUGCUCAUGUUGAGCCCCAUAAGAAACAACUUCAUGUCACUUUGGCAUACCAAUUCCAAGCCAGUCACCUUCCAGCUCUGGAGAAGUUGGCCAAAAGUGUGGAUGUGUCUUCAGGCUGUGACUGGCUGGCUGUGCUCUUCUCCAGGGAUAUUCGGUUUGCUAAUCAUGAGACGCUGCAAGUCAUGUACCCAUACGCGCCUCAGAAUGAUGAUGAGCUGGAGCUGCUGCAGGGAGACUUCAUCUUCAUGUCUGCAGUGGAGCAGAGCGCUGCCAGUGAGGGCUGGUUGUAUGGCACUUCGCUGGCUACGGGGCUGUCCGGCCUGCUGCCUGAGAACUACGUCAGCCGUGCUGAUGAGUCUGACACAUGGGUUGUCCACGGGUCUCAUUCUUUUCUCAACUGUGCCUCUCCAUCCAACUCUGGCAGCGCUGUGAGUGGGUUAUUAUUUGAUGGCCAGCUAAAUGACAGUCUUGGGGAUCCUCCUAGCCUCACUGGUCUCUGUCCUCUUCUGCAGGUGUCAAGGCCAAUGAGUCAGACCUCAUUGUCCAGGAUGAGGCUGUUUGUGUGUCGCCAUGGAGAGAGGAUGGAUGUGGUGUUCGGCAAACACUGGGUCACUCAGUGCUUUGACACCAAAGGCAGAUACAUUCGCUCUAAUCUUAACAUGCCAACCAGCCUUCCACCCAGAAGUGGAGGUCACCGGGACUAUGAUAAAGAUUGUCCAAUUACUGUGUUUGGCUCCACACAGGCCAAACUCGUAGGUGAAGCCUUGUUAGAAAGCCACACAACAAUAGACUUUGUUUACUGCUCUCCUUCUCUGCGCUGCAUCCAGACUGCUCAGCACAUUCUGCAGGGUCUCCAGCAGGAGGGAAAGACAAAAAUCCGCGUGGAGCCUGGUUUGUUUGAAUGGACCAAGUGGGUUUCAGGCACAGGUUUACCCGCCUGGGUUCCCCCAGCUGAUCUGGCUGCUGCUAACCUGAGUGUGGACACAACAUACAGACCUCAUAUUCCUAUAAGCAAGUUGGCAGUGUCAGAGUCCUAUGACACCUACAUCAGCAGGAGCUUCCAAGUGACUCGAGAGAUCCUGACAGAGUGCAAAAAUCUGGGAAACACGGUCCUGAUUGUGGCCCAUGCUUCCUCCCUGGAGGCUUGCACUCGUCAGAUUCAAGGCCUCAGCCCUCAAAACUCCAAGGACUUUGUCCAAGUUGUCAGAAAGAUUCCUUACUUGGGUUUUUGUGCUUGUGAAGAAAUGGGAGAGACCGGGGUGUGGCAGCUGGUCGACCCACCCAUCCUGCCUCUGACACAUGGGCCAAAUCACAGUUUCAACUGGAGGGAAAUGCUAAUGCAAGACUGAAGGAUAUGCUGUUUAGCUCUCAAUCUUUUGGCAGCCUGAACUGCUGAAAAAUUAUUUAUUUUUUAACCUACAAUGCUAUAGAUCCAGCCCAACUACCAAAAAAAUGAAGGAAUAAAAAGUCUGGUUUCCAUCAACAACAUGAUGAAAAAAAAAUGUAUAUAUACAAAUGGAAAUGCAUCCACUGCUCAGGAAUGGUGUGGAGAUCACAGCAAAAAUGAGCUACAAUUUGGGCCGCAGUUUGUUUCUCUCAGUGAAUCAGGUUUUAUGCCGUGAGAAGGUUGUUCUCGGGCUGAUGAUGAUGAAGACUUUGUGUUCCGCUGCCUUCUCACACACUGUGACGAGAAUUAGUUGAGAAAGACUUAUACCACAGAAAUAUUUUUCCAUGCAUCAGAAAUUAUUAUUUAACGUGUAGCUACAACCCUCCUGUGAAGAAGCACAAAAGAAAUGUUGACAAUCAGAUAGGGAGAACUGAUCUUCAUUGUUUCUGGUGCUCAGGUGGGUAGUUAAUUAUACCUGUUUUAUUCCUGCAAAUGUCAUAUCAUUUUCUUCUUUUAGCAUUUAUGUGCCCACAAGAAUCACUUAAUCUCCCCUGAAAGCCCCACCUGACCUAUCUGGAGGCAGCCAAGAAGGAAAUUCACAUGAUACACAGAAUGCAGUUGCGUCGCUAAUUCUGUUCAGGUGCUUUGAUUAAAAAUUUUGCUUGUUUAUCUUGACCCUACCCCGACACCCUGUAUGCCUGGUAACCACAACGCUUUUCAAAUAAUGGGUUUAUUUUGGUUGCAUCAGAUAAUAAGUGUUUACUGCUUAUACCGAUCAUUUGCUGUAUGACUGAAUAUCUGUUGACACUCUAAAAAUUAAUAAAGCAAGGUUGUGGAGAUAUAAAGGCCUUAUA